GACGCCAGCACCCAGUUCGCCUCGGGGCUGGACGCUGUGCCCCUCCUCCUGGCCGGAGCAUUCUCGGGACACCUUGCCCUGCGGGCCAGUCGGACGUCGGCACCAUGGAGCCUGCUGGCCCGAUGGGGCUGCUGAUUCUGCCGCUGCUCCUGCUGGGGACUGCGCUGCGGGGUGCUGCCCAGGCACCGGCAGGCAAUAAUGCGGAGAUUUGCCUGCUGCCCCCGGAUGAAGGGCCCUGUCGAGCCCGAAUCCCCAGUUACUACUACGACAGGUACACGCAGAGCUGCCACCAGUUCAUGUAUGGGGGCUGCGAGGGCAACGCCAACAAUUUCGAAACUCUGGCGGCCUGUGAUGAAGCUUGCUGGAGGAUAGAGAAAGUUCCCAAAAUUUGCCGGUUGGAAGUCAGUGAGAAACAGUGUAAAGAGUCCAGAGAAGAGUAUUUCUUCAACUUAAGUUCCAUGGCAUGUGAAAAAUUCACAUCUGGUGGGUGUCAAAGCAAUGAGAACCGGUUCCCGGAUGAAGCUACUUGUACGGAAUUCUGUGCACCAAAGAGAAGUCCAUCAUUUUGCUACAGUCCAAAAGAUGAGGGACUGUGCUCUGCCAAUGUGACUCGCUAUUAUUUUAAUCCAAGACACAAAAUCUGUGAGGCCUUCACCUAUACUGGCUGUGGAGGAAAUGACAAUAACUUUGUGAGCAUGCAGGACUGCAAGCAAGUUUGCACAAAAGCCUUGAAGAAGAAGAAGAAGAUUCAAAAACCUCUGUUUGCCAAUAGAAGCCCACAGAUUCGGAAGAGGCAGUUUUAACCUUUGUUCCCGUCUGUGAUCUGGUGCAUGUUGAGCGCCUUGGUGGCGAUACCGGAGGAACCAGCUGGUAGCACAAGGAAAUAAAGCAGCUGUGAUUUAUUCACCAGUUUGGUUUUUUUUUUUUUUUUUUAAUAUUCACCAGUUUUUAUUGAUACAAGUUACGUGUUAUAUUUGUGUAUUUUUCAUACAUAACUAGCAACUAUUCAAAUGUGAAUCUGUAUCAUUUUUAGGUUAUGGUUCAGCUUUUUUUUUUUUUUUAAUGGGAUUAAAAUUUUGUAGUGCUUAAAAAAAAAAAUAAAUAAAUAAAAGCAAAUGUGUUGACUUACACA